AGGCGCCGGCGGGAGUCGGGGAUUCUGCAUUUGGGUGUGUGAGUUGGGGUGGGCAAUUAUGCGUUACGCUUUGAGGUGUUUGUGGGCCCAUCUCUGAACUGCUGGCCGCCCUCUUCUUUACCGGGGGUGGGCCCGAGGGUGCGCUCGUGACCGAGGCUAAGUGUGGAGUUGGAACUUUCGCCACACUCGGGGUGUUUGCUGAUGGGUCUGAGUUUGAGACUGUGCGCCUGGGAAUGGGUGAGGGCUGGGGACUCUGGCGGGUGUGUGCGCCUGAGUGUGAGUGUCUGUGGAGGUGUCGGUUUCACGUGAGAAAGGACCCCGGGCUUGUUUCUGACCGAAUUGGUUUGUGUGUGUCAUUUGUGGGCGCCUGGUCCUCCUCGUGGAGAACGGAGGCCUCCUGGGUGGCCGAAGGCCCAGAUGGGGGAACCCCGGGCUGGGGCCCCCCUGGACGAUGGCAGCGGCUGGACAGGAAGUGAGGAAGGAAGUGAAGAGGGCACUGGUGGCAGUGAGGGGGCUGGGGGAGAUGGGGGCCCAGACGCCGAGGGUGUCUGGAGUCCAGACAUCGAGCAGAGCUUCCAGGAGGCCCUGGCCAUCUACCCACCCUGUGGUCGGCGGAAAAUCAUCCUGUCGGAUGAAGGCAAGAUGUAUGGUCGGAAUGAACUGAUCGCCCGCUACAUCAAGCUGAGAACGGGGAAGACCCGAACUCGCAAACAGGUCUCUAGUCAUAUCCAGGUUUUGGCCCGAAGGAAAUCGAGGGAAAUCCAGUCCAAACUCAAGGCCCUGAACGUGGACCAGGUUUCCAAGGACAAGGCUUUCCAGACAAUGGCCACCAUGUCCUCCGCCCAGCUCAUCUCAGCACCUUCCCUGCAGGCCAAACUGGGUCCUGCUGGUCCUCAGGCACCAGAGCUUUUCCAGUUUUGGUCGGGGGGUUCUGGGCCCCCUUGGAAUGUUCCAGACGUGAAGCCAUUCUCGCAGACACCGUUCUCCCUGUCACUGACUCCUCCAUCUACUGACCUCCCAGGGUACGAGCCCCCCCAAACCCUCUCACCCCCUGCUUUGCCCCCACCUGCCCCAUCACCUCCAGCGUGGCAGGCUCGGGCUCUGGGCACUGCCCGGUUGCAGCUGGUAGAGUUCUCAGCCUUCGUGGAACCACCGGAUGCAGCUGACUCUUACCAGCGGCACCUGUUCGUACACAUCAGCCAGCACUGCCCCAGCCCUGGAGCGCCCCCCCUUGAGAGUGUGGAUGUCCGGCAGAUCUAUGACAAAUUCCCUGAGAAAAAGGGCGGGCUGCGGGAGCUGUAUGAUCGUGGGCCCCCCCACGCCUUCUUCCUGGUCAAGUUCUGGGCGGACCUGAACUGGGGCCCGAGUGGCGAGGAGGUGGGGGCCAGCGGCAGUAGCGGUGGCUUCUAUGGAGUGAGCAGCCAGUACGAGAGCCUGGAGCACAUGACCCUCACCUGUUCCUCCAAGGUCUGCUCCUUUGGCAAGCAGGUGGUGGAGAAGGUGGAGACGGAGCGUGCCCAGCUGGAGGACGGGAGGUUCGUGUACCGCCUGUUGCGCUCACCCAUGUGCGAGUACCUGGUGAAUUUCCUGCACAAGCUGCGGCAGCUGCCCGAGCGCUAUAUGAUGAACAGCGUCCUGGAGAACUUCACCAUCCUCCAGGUGGUGACAAACAGAGACACCCAGGAACUGCUGCUCUGCACCGCCUACGUCUUCGAGGUCUCCACCAGUGAGCGGGGGGCCCAGCACCACAUUUACCGCCUGGUCAGGGACUGAAGGGGGACCCCCCCAGAGUGGCUCACCCCCGGAAUGCCCUCCUCCCGAGAAGGACUUCCAGCUUUUCUCACGCUUCUUACUUGGGGAGGGGGCUGCUCCCGGUUAGGGCCUUAAAAGCUGGGUGGUGAGUUGCAUGGGCUGCGACUGAGAAGAGAGGAUGGAUCCUGAUUUGGGGACCUCACAGGGGUGCCUGAAAGGACAGAUCACUCCAGAGCAUUAGACACUGGGGACAGGAGUGAGACAAGCCCUGGGACAGCCCUGCUUUCUGUCUCUGACAGGCGCCCUCCCCUCCUCUGUUUUGGAGGACCCUAUUUACACAUUGGCUUGUCUCUCUCUGUGUCCCCCCCACCCAAACCUGCCUCUCCUUACCAGCCCUACCCCAGGGACCCUGAUAUCAAAUAUUGCAGGUUAACCCUUUCUGUGCAGGAGCAGAGCCAGUGGGCCCUGGAAAUAUUUUUUUUUUUUUAAUAUAACAAGAGAUAUUUAUAAGUGGGUGUUAGGGUCGUGACUUUUUCUCAGCUGGGCAAGCAGGGGGUGAGACUUCUAAUCUCAUGCCCUCUUUCUUCUAAAUGAGCCGUGGGGCUAGACUGUUGCCUCCCCCUCCUCCCCUCCCCUCAAAGUGUGUUGGUUUGUAUUUUGACAGAGGAUAAAGCUAUUUUACCAAAA